UUCUCUGUGUGUUCGUGUGUGUACAUUUCGCCAUAUUUGUUGUUGUUCUCGACGUCCGUUGUGAUUAAAAUUUUGUUAUUCUUGCUUACGUUAUCUGUUUAGUGUGUUCUUGAUAAAAACCAUUGUUCUUAACAACUAUGUCAAUUAUUCUCUGUAAGUAAUCUUCUCCUCUAAAAUUAUUACUUUAGAAUUUACUAAACAAGAUCUUUGAGCAUAACUGCGGGUUUUCAUUUAAUCAACGAUCAUGGUGAUUUUGAAAUCAAUUACAUACGCUCAAAGGCGUCAGAAGAGAUGGCAUACAUUGUGGUUGAUUUCUGUUUAAAAUUAAAUAAUCAUAAAUCAGCAUAACAAUGAUGGAUGAAAAAUUUAAGUCUGAAGAUGGCAAUAAUCAAUCGGAGCUAGACAUGCCUACUGUUGUUUCUGAAAAAGGUGUAUUACUAAGAACAAGUGCUAGAGUAUCAAAAAAGUUACGUAUGACACCAGUUUCUACUUCUCCUGGUCCUAGCAGUUCAAAAUUAGAUACAAAUGAUGCUCCAGUAUUUAAGUCAGUAAAAAUCCGCAGAGAACUUUGGUCACUUGAAGAAACAAAUUCUUUUUUUGAGGGUCUUAAUGAAUUUGGCAAAGAUUUUGAAUCUAUUCAAUGGUUUAUGGUUAAUAGAAUCAAACGGAAAGGUUCUUGUGAGCAGGCUAUUAAGAGCAAAGAACAACUGAGACAUUUUUACUAUAGAAUUUGGCAUAAAAUUUGCAAAUAUAUUGAAUUUCCUAAAGAGAUACCUAAAGUAGUGCAAGAACUUUAUGGUUUAAUAAACUAUGGAGAAUUGAAACGAAGAGUUGGAUUUUGUAAUGAUAAAAACUGGUCUAAGUUAUAUGAAAUGAUAUAUCAUGGUUCAACUAAAGUUAGAAGUAAAGGAAAAAUGUGGAGAGUAAAAACACCACACUGUCGUGCUCUUAGAAAAUUAAACUGUCUUGAAGAUACAAUUGGAGAUUUGAAACUUCCUGGUAAAGUAAGCAUUGAGUUAAAGCCACGUGAUAUGGAUACUUGGGCUUUAGUACAAUCUCUUGCUAUGAAUCCUCGUAUUAGAGCUACUGUAGAGUUACAAAAGCCUUUGUCUAUGUUGUUAGCUUUUUUAGAAAACAGAUGGCAAUCAGAAAAUUGGAAACUUCGUGAACAAAUCAAUAGAAUUCAAACAAUGAGUUCUGAACAAGAAUCAAAAAGGGUAUUAAGAGUAGCUCCAGCAGCUGGUGUCAAUAUUACUCCAAUAAGUGUAAAUUUUAGUGAUAUUGAAAAUAGUUCAAAUGUUAGUCUUUUAGCUCAUAGGAAUACUCAUGGAAUUUCUAAAGAGUCUGUUGAAUCUAUUCUUCAGAAGUUUCCAUCAACAAAAAUGCAGAAACCUUACGUGAAACGAGUACGCAAUGAAACCGCCAGUUUAUCAUCUGGAUCUUCAGUAUUUAAUGAUAGUAUGUUACCCUCAUGUGUAUCAGUUUCAUGUUCAUCAAAUGACGUUGCUUAUGACGGAGAAAAAAAUCUUGAUACUUUAAUGGCCAGCCCACCUAAAAGUGAUCCAAUUGUGACUACUCAAGACCAUGUCAAAGAAAAGAAAGAAGAGUUUAUUGUUAGAGUAAAAAAGGGAUGGACCUUAGCCAAUGUUGAAUCUAUUAAGAUUGGAGAACUUUAUCUUAUUUGUGGUAGUGAAUCCAAAAUUCAACUAGAAUAUUGGUUUGAAGAUUGUGCUGAAACUUCUAAUAAAAAUAGAUUGUCACAAUCACUAAACAAAUUAAUUUCCAUAGCUCAGUACAAUUCAAAUACUCUUAAAUCUUGUACAUGUGGGUUUGUCAAUAGUAAAUCACAUAGCUUACCUAGACAAACAGAGAUUAAAACUGAUGCAGAUCAAAUGCAACGUAGUCCGUAUUCACUGGUUAAUAGUUGUAAAGUAAUGGUUCAUUCACCAUCUUUGUUCAGAAGACCAUUGCAGCCGAAACCCCUGCAUUCUACUAGUUCCUUCGAAGCUCAAGUUGGUAAACUUCAAGGAAUGCCAAGAUAUUGUCAGAGAACAGGGCGACCUGGCAAUAAACAUGUUGGAAUUGUUCAAAAACUACUACCUUUACAACCAAAAACUAGUUUAACUAUUGUGCAAACAUCUAAUUUUAGACCUAUUAUACCAGCUGUAAAAGUUGAACAAACUGCACAUAAUGUGAAAUCUGAAAAUGAUCAUCUUGAUCAAUUGGGUUAUGUAAAUGAUCAAACUCUAUCUCCUCCAAAUAAAAUUUGGAAAUCAGAACCUGAUCAAGAAGAUAUUCCUGACGAUGUUAGUAUUACAUCAUCAACUAUCAAUAGACUUAUAGAUAAUAUACCUGAUCUUACAUCCCCAUCAAAUUUCUCUGGUCUAUUACCUAAUUGCAGCAGUUCAACUUCUCCAAGUCUCAUUACACCAUCAACUAGUCCUUCACGACUUUUAAAAGAUGAUGGAAAUCAAUGGCUUAAUCCAGAAAUGGAUUUCUCAUUAAGUAGUUUUUUGGGACAUCUCGAAAAAGAUGAAUCAUCUAACUUAACUGAAAGUGACAGAGAAAAAGUUAUUUCUAAUGAUGUGGAGGCACAAUUUCAAUGUCUUAUGAGUGAAAACAGCACUGAUUAUACUGCAAAAUUUGCAGAUCUAGCUGCUAAAGUAGCUGCCAGCAAUAAUAACUGCCAAUAAAUAAUUUUUUGAAUAAUUAUAUUUAUUUAGUUAUAAUUUUGUUUUGUUAUAAGAAAAUACAAUUUUUUAGACGUUAUUGUUACAUUUUUAAUAAUAAUACGAGUGUUUUAUUUAUUACUAUACAUUACAAUCAUAAGAUUCUUGUAUUAUUUUUGUUGACAAAGCAUAGAUGUAAAUUCUGUGUAAUAUAAUGAGUUAAUAAAAUUAA